AUGACGAAAUCUCAGAAAAUUGAAGGAGCGUUCAGUAGCCCAAGCCAAGCAUCAGCAAUUGUUUCCGCUGCCAAAUCGAAUAUCAAAACCCCCAAAACCAAAAUGUUUGAUACCAAAUCUGAUAUCAAAAUCCCCAAAACUGAAGCUGUUGCAAAACCCGAGUUUCCAGAGAAUAAUCAAACGAUUGCUGCUCUUUCAGAUAGGGAAUUGGACAUCAAGACUCCAAAAUCUGAAGUGGAGCAUGGUGUUACUGAUGACGAUGAAGAGAAUAGUAGUACUUAUGAUGAUAAGGAGGAGCAGGACAGAACUGAUAACAGCGAGGACCAUGGGAGUUCUGAUGAGGAUGAGGACGAGGAUCACGGUAGCACUGAUGAGAAUGAGGAUAGUACUAAGAUGCAAACAUCUGUAAUUGAUUCAAUUUUAGAACAUUAG